AUGGAAACUGCAGUUUCUACAAUUGCAUGGUUACUUUCGUUUUUAUAUCUUUUGAUUUUUUCAAAUUGUGAAGGUUCAAUCAUUUCUAGAACUUUGUUUUUUUCUCCGAAUGGCGCAGACACCUUAUCCUGCGGAAAGCGAAAUGAACCAUGUAGAUCUCUUGAGGCUUUUACUUCGGGUAGAAGAGCACAGAACGCGUCAUCAGAAUGGAAUGGGCAAAGUGAAACAUUAUCGUUAAUUUAUGACAAAUGUAUGCAACCGGGUAGUCUUAAUAGAGACAAACUUAUGCAUUGACAUGAACGCACUACAAUGUCUUGUCACGGUAGAAUCGAGUACUUUUAGUUGCUAACUUUGGAAGUGUGGAAAUGUGGAAAUGUGGAAAUGUGGAAGUAUGUCCUCAUUGUCUUAAGUUAUCUAAUAACUCUGGAAGUGUGGAAGUGUGGAAAUGUGGAAAUGUGGAAAUAUGUCUUCCUUAAUUGUCUUUGUCUAAUAACUCUGGAAGUGUGGAAGUGUGGAAUGUGGAAAUGUGGAAAUAUGUCUUCCUUGUCUUAAUUUAUCUUAACUCUGGAAGUGUGGAAGUGUGGAAAUGUGGAAAUGUGGAAAUAUGUCUUCAUUGUCUUAAUUCAUCGAAUAACUCUGGAAGUGUGGAAGUGUGGAAAUGUGGAAAUGUGGAAAUAUGUCUUCAUUGUCUUAAUUCAUCUAAUAACUCUGGAAGUGUGGAAGUGUGGAAAUGUGGAAAUGUGGAAAUGUGGAAAUAUGUCUUCAUUGUCUUUGUCUAAUAACUCUGGAAGUGUGGAAAUGUGGAAAUGUGGAAAUAUGUCUUCCUUGUCUUAAUUUAUCUUAACUCUGGAAGUGUUGAAGUGUGGAAAUGUGGAAAUAUGUCUUCCUUGUCUUAAUUUAUCUUAACUCUGGAAGUGUGGAAGUGUGGAAAUGUGGAAAUAUGUCUUCCUUGUCUUAAUUUAUCUUAACUCUGGAAGUGUGGAAGUGUGGAAAUGUGGAAAUGUGGAAAUGUGGAAAUAUGUCUUCAUUGUCUUCAUUCAUCUAAUAACUCUGGAAGUGUGGAAGUGUGGAAAUGUGGAAAUGUGGAAAUGUGGAAAUAUGUCUUCAUUGUCUUUGUCUAAUAACUCUGGAAGUGUGGAAAUGUGGAAAUGUGGAAAUAUGUCUUCCUUGUCUUAAUUUAUCUUAACUCUGGAAGUGUGGAAGUGUGGAAAUGUGGAAAUAUGUCUUCCUUGUCUUAAUUUAUCUUAACUCUGGAAGUGUGGAAGUGUGGAAAUGUGGAAAUGUGGAAAUGUGGAAAUAUGUCUUCAUUGUCUUCAUUCAUCUAAUAACUCUGGAAGUGUGGAAGUGUGGAAAUGUGGAAAUGUGGAAAUGUGGAAAUAUGUCCUCCUUGUCUUUGUCUAAUAACUCUGGAAGUGUGGAAAUGUGGAAAUAUGUCUUCAAUGUCUUUAUCUAAUAACUCUGGCCGGACGUGUGGAAAUGUGGAAAUGUGGAAAUAUGUCUUCAUUGUCUUUGUCUAAUAACUCUGGAAGUAAGGAGAUGUGGAAAUGUGGAAAUAUGUCUUCAAUGUCUUUAUCUAAUAACUCUGAAGUGUGGAAAUGUUGAAAUGUGCCUCCAUUGUCUUUAUCUAUUAACACCGGAAGUGUGGACGUGUGGAGAAAUGUGUCUUCAUCACUAACUCUGGAAGUGUGGAAACCUGGAAAUGUGUCUUGUUUGUUUUAAUCUAAUAAAUCUGAGAGUGUGGAAAUCUGGAAAUGUGUCUGGGAUGAUUUGGGAAUUAAAAAUAGGACUCGCGCACGAGGAAAUGACUGGCGUUACUUCCGAUUGCUGUCAAUCGCAAGACGGUGACAUUGCUUGUUUCAGCUCACCGCCCGGACGCAUAUUUUUGUAGUUGUUUGUUCGGGCGGAAAAUGGACGGCCUUUUUGUACAGAAUGUGACUGUUGCUGGUUUGGCUUUCAAGAAAUACGAUUGGCGACCAAGUAAGCACGAGGAUGUGCUUCACUAAGGAUUUUCAAGCUCUUUGCACUAUCAACUUUUAAAAAAACGCAUAAAAAAGAGGUACGGAAAAAACAUUAUGGUAGUUUGCAUUUCACCAUGCUUAAGAUUACGAACCUUGGUCCGAUAAAAUGCGUCUCAGUUAGGAUUUUUUUCAUCAAAGUCUGUUUUUCGAGACUAAAAUGUCUGAAUUUGUUUUUUUCUGUGAAACACACAAGACGGAUUUUUGAUGUAGGUAAGGAUUACUGAGUACGGUCACGCCGAAUGCAUUUACAACCCAAUGUGACUUUCGUUUAGGUAAUGUUCUUUGAAAUGUAUUUCAAGUUAUCCAUGUACAUGCAUAUCCUUUUUAGCAAGUUGUAGUCUGUACCUCUAAGAUCAAACGAUUUAAAACUUAGUCAUUACUACAUAUAUUUACGUCAGUUCGCAGACAAAUAUCACAAAAUAAUUUUAUAUCUUCCAAAUGACCAUGAACUAUCAAAAUACUACAAGAAGUAAAAUGUCGACACCCCGCGCUGUGACCAUAUGUCGUCGUCGCUUUCUUUAUGGCUUUAACUGAUCUCUUAACGCUAUCGUUCACAUUAUUUGGCCUGGCAUUUAAUAUAUGUUAGAAAAUGCGACCUCGUACUGUGAAAGUUAUAUUCAAAUUUCUUAAGGUGAUCAUAAGUAAAACAAAAUCUAAUAUAAAAGGCCAGUACACAUUAUGCCUAAUUAGGUAAUCGUACAGGUAGUUUGUGUACAGCCCGGCCCCCUCUCUUACAAUAAAACUGUUUUUCUGUCACAAGCGCCUUUCAAAUAUCUUCUGCUUACUUUUAAUUUAAAACAAAACUAAAAAAAACUAUCGAUUUAAAUGGUUACAAUAAAUUUGUAAAUGAACUUCGUGUUGUCUGAUUUUGUUAAUCAAUCCAACUCGUACCAUUACAGAGCGAAGCAGUCCUAUCACCAUAAUUUAUGUAAUUUAUACAAAUCCUAAUGAGACUCUUUCGGAAACUUUCAGUCAAUUUCAGGGGUAAGGACCUUAAAGUUAAACAAACUAGGUUACACUCGACUGGUUUUUUCCCGUUAAUAGAUAAUUUCAAAUUCAGCCUGUAAGUAUAAGAAACCUAUGUACAUUUCAGUCCAUAAUCACAUGAUCUCAAAAAUGGCAAUCAUCAAAAUCCCUACAUGCCACAUCAGGUUCAAUGUAUCAAGUAUAAUAUUAUUUAGCAUUUUCAGAUAUUUCCUCCCAAUUUAAGAACAGAGUAGAAUUGUUCAAGCUCUCCUUAUUGUAAAAAAAUGUUCGUUGCAAUUGUGUGGGAUUCAGGCUGCUGGUCAGUUUGAUUGGAGCACUUUCGCUCUGAAAAUUUUUAUUUUAGAGAAGGUGUAAAUGUUGGUAUCGAUAACUAUCUGGUGGCAAGAUCCAGGGAAUUAAGCAAAAAGCUUUAUACCAAAAGCUGGUAAGCCUGUAAUAAAAUCAGUCAACCAUCAUGAAUUAGAUAGUUAACAAAUGACGUGUUUGCUAGUGAUGAAAUCAUUCAUUAUUGAGUCCCUAAUUUUCCUUGUUUUGAGUCAGGUAACCCUGAAUCUCCCUUGAUAGUCUUGCUUUGGCGAUCAGACCAUCCUUCUUACUAUUGGGGAGGUUCAUAUCUUGGAAAAGGAAACACUCCUCGUACUGCUCUUUGCUGAGAGUAGUAUUUUGAGACAGGGCAGUGUCUGUUACAUGGUCAGGUGGGUUUUUAACAAAAGCAACAGUCCUUUCCAAGGUGACUGUCUCUCCAAUUCCAGCUCUGGCCAAGUCUGACAUAGCGUCUUUCACAACAGCUGGAGUCCAUACCACUCUCGUUUUAGAGGAGGCACAUGCCCUAAGAUUGGAGACUGUACAGACUGGUCCUGGAAAACUGACAAUCUUGUCUAUCAGGCUAUCUUGACUCUCCACUUCCUCAUCCAACAUGAUCUGAAGAAAAACAUAAUGAUGUUCUUAAUGGAAACAUAUAUAUAUAUACAUUUUUUAUCAGAACAAGAAACCAUAGUGGGCUAGUGAACAUGAUGCAUACUUUCAUUUUGUCAGGCCUUGCACCAAAAUCUCUAUUUGCCAGAUAUGUGCAAUAAGUGGAAAGGGAAUUGAACUUCUGGGAAAUUUUUGGGUUCCAGUUUUCUUCCAUUUUAUAUGGAAGAAGCCAGGGAUCAUGUUCACAGGUGGUGCAAAAAACUCUGCUCUCCAGUCCAUGCAAUAUCCCCAUGGACUACCCUUAUAGACUAUCCCAAAAUGGACUAUCCUGCUGGAGUUUAGUGGUUAGGGCCAGGAAACUGAGGAAAUUAGGUUUCAUUCAGAGUGGUUUUACUGGAAAACUGACCUGAAAUCAAGUCAGCCCCUAGUCCCAGUCGAGAGGAGUAUGAAAUGAAAAUGUAUGGGCAGAAAAACAAAAUAAAUGACAUUAUUCCUACCUUGUCUAUUUCUUUGCGCUGUUGCUGAAAGUAAGUCAUCAAUUUCAUUGCAUAUUCCAUAUACUGCUUGGGGAUGAUUCGGGGCACUGGCCCAUAAAAGUGAAAUAGUGGUCGGCAGAUAUAGCUGUACACAACAAACAGCGUCACAGCCAGUCUUAGGACCAGGCGUCUCUCUUUUCCGCCCUCUGAAGCGGCAGUCUUAAUUUGCAGAAACUGACCAUUUUGCCAUUGAUUGUUCAAUCUGGUGCAAAUUUGCUCAUCGAACUGGUCAUAGACAUCCAAUGCCUCUUUAUUUAGAGAGUACACAACAUCUCCAUGUUUGUGAUCAUCAUAUAUGGCCUUGUAUAAGUCGUUUAGGUUGGUGAGGUGGGUGUCACUCAGCUGUUCUGCAAAAGGUUGCGUCUGUUUUCUUGUUAAUGCCUUCGGGCGCAAAACAGCGAUCAAAAAUCUAAGAUCGAACCCGGACUGACUUGCCACCAUCAUUGGAUAGAUUUCACUGAAGAAUUGUCUGACCUGGGAAAGAGAACUGAUACCCUUAGCUGCUGAGGUUUUGUACACCUUCAAUCUUUCUUUUAGUAGAGUUUUUAUUAUAUCCAGAACUUUCCGAAAAGAGGCUUCUUUGAAUCCUUUAUACUUAUGGAGGAACACACGUAUAAUUGAGCUCUUUCGCUCGCAUAUGUUUUCUGUAUUGUAAAAUAUCGGCGUUGUGGAUGCUACAUUGUGAAAGAUGAAAAGAUGCGCUUAACAAUUUUGGCAAUUUAACGCGUAAGUCAGAACUAAACAAUUGAAUUUCGCGCAAAACUUAGUAAAUUUAAUUUCGCGCCAUUUUUUGCUCUAUGAAAUUCCGCGCACAAAGAUAGUAAUAUGUUAUUUUGGCGCCAUUUCUGUUUGCAUGAAAUUUCCCGCCCUAAGUUUGUUACAAAAUUUACUUUGCGCCAUUUCUGUUUGCAUGAAAUUUAGCGCCAACACUUGGUGAUAUAUUAAUCGACCGCUAUUGUUGCAUUGCAUCAAAAUCGAGCGCUACUUUUUCUUGCAACCACAAAACCACCAUAAAAAGGAAUGAGUAACAAUGUAAUGUACCUGCAUAAAUCCGCCUAUCGCUAGGCUAGAUCGUUCGAUCUCUUGCCUGGAGUUACUACUCCCAGUGUUGAUGUAUAUCGAGUCUCCGUCGAACAAUCUACAGAGUGUACCGCACUCCCUCUCCAAAUGUAUGUGUCUCAGAGUGUCCUCCAUUUCCUCGUUCAUCAGCAGGCCCACACCACCAUUCUGAAGGAGAUGCUGUCGCAGGCCAACUUCGGUAAAUUUGUCUAGAAGGAGACACGCCGCUGACUUGCUUUCUACGUAGGAAACGGGUUGCUUACAACCGAAUGAGAAACAUUGAUUCUUUCCGCCCGAUGGUGGACAAAUGCCCAGGGUGAAAAGCGCUAGGUUUUCACUGUACGUUGUGGUCAUUUGAAGCUUACAAAGACCAAGAAGGGACGAAACUGUGGGAAGGAUCGACAUGAACAUAAGUUCCUUCGUUGCCCCUUGUGCGUUUGAGAAUUUUUCCAACCAUUCACUGAAGUAAGGAGGAGAUACCUCAUCCCAAGGAAGAAGCACCUCUGCUGCCUUGACAGCCACUUCGUUAAUUCGCUGGUCGUCCACAAUCUUACUUAAGCGCCUUCGUUUGUUUGGUAUACCGAUACUCGGUGGUGAUCUCCGCGUAGCCAUCUUGCAAGUUUUGAAAUUCGGCGGGAGAAAUCCCCCUUUUAAAAUGGAAAUGUUCAAUCCCAGAAGACCACACAAGCAUCUUCGUUUCCAGGGCUGUUCUGUUUUACCGCCACGACUGGAAAGGAAAUGAAAAUGGGAACCCACACCCCGCGACACCGCCUUACCUUGUCUUCUUCCCCUAAAGAAUUCUUUAGAAUCGCAUUCACGCAGGCCUCUGAAACGGUACAUUUCUCUAUAAAAAGAAAACGAAUUUCAAUUUUCAAAAAAUACAUUUUCUGGCCCUUCUCGUGCAUUCUCUUUUGUAUUUUAUUCCGUCGUGAAUAACUUCAAAAGCAAGUACAGUUCCCUUUCUUUUCUUUGUUUUCCUUCUUUUUGCUCGGCCGGCCUCCAAAGGAAACGCCCUCUUUUAAAAAUGGGCUCUUUUUUUUUUCUUCACGGAAAAAUCGCACUCUGGUGUCUUCAGCGCGCGCUAAAGAUAUGAGGGCAUGCUAAAAAUAGAUCAGCGAACUAAAGCAGUGCAGAGCGUAUGGCUACUUGCCUGCCUGAGCUGGGUAAAGCCAUGUUUUUAAUAGCUGUAUAAAACUCGGUGGUCGCAAAAUGGAAUUCUGUCAUUUCCUAUACGCGAAAUCCUUACAUGAGUGCACACGCUUUUUAUUCAUAUACUUACAAUAAGCGACGGUGAGAGUACAUUUGGAACUGUUCAGUUGCAUUACAGACCUUACGAGACCAAUUUACUAACAAACUCUUCAGAGUGAGAAGAUCUCUCAAGGUAGUGAGCUACAAACGGAAUUGUGUUUUCAUCAACUCGAGUCUUCUAGAAUAUAUUAAGAGCUUAGUUGCUUUACAGGAGAAGCUAGGACGAAAAGACAAAGCGUACUGCAAUGACCUUUUGUCUUUAUACAUUGUGGUUCUUUGAAUUUGUAUUGAUUUCAUUGAUUUUAUCUUUCUUUGUUUCUACUAUGUUCUCAGCUACUCUAAAAUUACUGCAAUGCAAUACGCAUAAGUCACCCGAGCCGAUCGUUUGCAGAUAUUUAUGCAUAUAUACUCUUGUUAUUUCCUUUGAAGGCUGUGAUUUCUUAGAUGGAGCUUCCUUAUUGGAACUUUUUUAAACGGUUUUUGUUUUUGUACCAAGAAAAUUUGCUGACGAGAAGCCCGAGGUCACACCACCUCCCAACCCGACCCGCCCCGUGGUCGAUUUGAUUCUAUUAAAACCAAAGGCGGCCGCCCACAUGACAGUAAGCCCUUGAUCCCGACGAUCUUAAUGUAAAAGGGGCACUGAAUCAGUACACAGGCGCGAACCUGGGAAGCUGCUAAUUGACUAGUGGUGCCUUUUUUUCAAGAGAGAAAGAAACUGUGGCAAGCUAAAAGGAAACACAUUGCUUUACUGCAAGGGUUUUCGAUUUCUAUUGUACCAAGCAUGUGCUGAUACUUUAGAUAAGUGAAACUAUCAGAUGAUGUAAAACUACUGAUAAUGCUGUGACGUUUCCUAAGUAAAAGUAGAUCAUUGUACACAGACGACUGUUCAGAGAAUACGCUAAUAGAGGACGGAAGGGAAAAGGGUGAUGUUUUGCCAUUUUAAAGUACAAUGCGGAGCUACUGGCAGUUUACCGUGCUAUUCUCAUUUUUCGUUACAACAUAUUCUGCUUUCACGGAUGAUUUAAAGGAAUGCAUACAAAAAGGGAUCGCUACUCCUGGUAUGCGAGAAAGGAUCUCUUUCUGCCACCUAGUUCCUCCUAAUCCUUGCCACACACCCGUCGACAGUUCAGCGCCUCCUGAAAUACUUUAUUCGUAUUUCUUUCCGGACAUAUUGUUUUGGGAUCCGCUGUCAAGAAUUCCCUCUCUUAAAGGCUUCCUCAAAUGCCCAAGAGAAGCAUGUUCAGGAAAAAACAGCUUCCUUAGGGUCGUCGGGUGGAAAGAUGGCAAGACCGAUAGGAAUAAUCCUCGUCGACUGUAUGGCCUGACAUGUCCUGUUAUGUUAGUGAGCCGGGUAUAUCGUUGUCAGUCGCACAAUCAUGAGAUAAUUGCUCAUGAUUGUGGACUUCUGAAACAACUACUUGGCGUAGACAGAGAACCAUUUAUAUUGUCACAUUUAACCGGAAUGACACGAGAACUGCAAAUGACGAUAUCAUCUUACAUAUUGUCCGGUUUGGCCUUUUCAGACAUUGAAAACAUAUUGAGACAACACUUGUGGAACAGUCUCGCAGAGCGAUGCAAAACAUAUAAUUUGCAUUUUCCAAAUUCCAAAAAGCUCUUCCCUUCGAAUUUAGAAGAGGACGUGAAGCAGAUUUGGAAGGAACCCAGCAAUGAUUUUAUAGAAAGUGUCUUCCUAGCAGAUUUCAUGGAUAAAGAGAACCUCUAUACUGCUAGAAUGGUCGAUAUCGACAUUGGACCAAAUGAAUGGAUAUCAAUGGAUCACACGUUCAAAGUGGCCUGUAACAUUGGUUUGAAGAGGAAAUCAGAUAGUAAAUGGGAAACCCUGUAUGACUCAUUAUUUUGUGUCAUGAAUGAAAAGGGACAGGUAAUGGGGUGGCAGUUUACUAAAGGAACUUCAUUUGAAAGUGUUAGGAAACUCUUACAAGGAAUUAAGAAACGUUGUGACAAAAAGAAACAGAUCGUUCGAAGUUGUUAUAUUGACAAUUGUUGUGCUUGGAGGAAAAAACUCCAAGGUAUUUUUACAUCCAAUUGCAGUGUUAAGCUGGACCUCUUUCAUGCCGUGUCAAGGGUGGUUACCGAGAUGCCUAAAAGACACCCUUUUCAUGGUGCAUGUUCUAGGGAUUUCACACUAGUUCUGAGGAGCAUCGAUGAUUACGGACCAAUCAGAAAGAAAACAACACCGGUGGCUAGCAUCAUUCUUGGCAAUAUGGAUACUUUUCAGCAAAAAUGGAAAAGUAUAGCAUAUGAAGAAAGACCAAUAAUAAACAUUAAAGCACUUGAUGAAUUAAGAAAGCUACAAAACCAUAUAACAAAGGGGUGCUUAUCAGAAAUCCCACCAGGUUGUGGUUCAGAAAGAAACGAAAACCUACAUAAAUGGCUAAGAAACGUUGUCUUUCGUAACAGACUUUCUGUCCCACUCGCUUUAGCCUUAUUCACCACUUAUUUUUAUGUGUGGAAUGAGAAACGUCAACAUGGUAGUAGUGUGGUAGUCUCUCCCAUAGAAUGUCUGAUACUGGGUGAACCAUCAGACAGUCCUCAGGCUGAAUCAUUCGGUAUUCCACAAAGUACAGAAUCGGAACAGGGCAUACCUAGCGUAUUCUUGGAAGAGUGCCAACAGCAUCUCUGUGAUGAAGAGGAAACUGGCUUGAAUUUCUCUGAUGUUGCAGGAAAUGAAGGAGAGUCAAUUGACCAAAAUAACUUGACUAAAGAAGAGCUUCAUUCCAUCAUUGACCAGACCCUUAUUCUCUAUAAUCAGUACCAGGCUCUUAAAAAAGGAGGACUACUUUCCGUACUUAGUCCGCGUUUUGUGAACCUAAUGCACCAGCAGACUCUGUUUGCAUUUGAUACACUGAAUUGCAAAAGAGAUAACUUGGAUGGCAAUAUCAACAAACUGGACCCUUUCGUAUCCGGUCUAGGGUUUCAAAUUGUACCAGUCCCAAAAGAUGGUGACUGCUUGUUCACAUCAGUUAUUUUUCAGCUUGAUCAGAUGGGGCCUCUAUCAGACAGUAAUGAUCUCUCAGCUUUUAUCGAGACACUGAAGCUAUGUAGUACCACGUUGGACAAAGUUCUACUCCUGAGAGGGAAACUGGUUGAUGAGUGGCUUGGUAACAAAGAAGAAUAUGAGAAUUUCCUUGUGGACACUGAACUUGAGGACAUGGCACCUGAUUACAGAAAUGCAGGUAUCUUCACCGGUCAGCUAGGGAACAUGAUGUUGCUGGGACUAGCUAAUGUUUUAAAAAUGUCUUUUGUGGUGUUUACAUCAAUGGAACAUUUUCCAGUUAUACCUGUUUCUCCAAGGACAAGACCUAUUACGGCAGCUCCCAUAUACCUUGCUUACAAUCAUGCUGGACCAGGUCACUACGAUGCAGUGAUUUUUAAUGAAACAAUAACUGCAGUCUCAUCAGAUGAUCCAAAUCCCAAAGAAGUGCAAGACGCACCAUCCAAGGUGGGCGGAUGCAGAUGUGGAAAAGGUGCUGCACAUAAGAGAACUGCUGAUGGAGCAAUUAAAUCAUUUUGUGUCCAGAUAGCAGGGGAACGCAGAGUGUCUUGCCCUUGUUUUCUCGCCCAGCAAGCCUGCAAUAAUUGCAGAUGUUUUAACUGCGCCAAUCGGUAUGGAAAGCAGGACAAUUCUGAAAAGAAAGACUUGAAAGGAAGACAAAGGAACCGAGAUGAACAUUUUGUUCAAAAAAACAGUGUAAGCAGUAAGCAGUUAAUUAAAGAAAGGAAUGUUAAUAUAUCGAAAACGUCAUGGUCUGAACUGGAAACGCUUUUAUUUGAGAGUGUAAUUAAUGAAAUUACAAGAAAGCCAGAUGGAGAUAUCUUGUCCACCGAUGUUUCAUAUUUAAUGAAGACAUUUAAUUCUAUAUGCAACAUAAUCAAUUCCAGCUCUCUACCAAUCCCAGUAAAUGGGAAAACUAUCAAACAAAUAGAGGGCAAACUGAAACAUUUAAUUCAACAGACAACUUUGUUUAGGGAGUUGUACAUGAAUCAAGUUUCAUUUAACAUGUCACGCUGAUAUUAACACUAGGCGAGUGAGCGCGUUCACACAAAGAGGGCAUGCUAAAUCACACUUUGACAAGUUCUACAGUAGUCAUGUAUUUUCGUUGGCUCAGAUUGAGACCUACAUGGGAGGGCAAUGGAGGGAAGCAGGGAAGCUUUUUGACAGCAGGCGAGAUUUGGGAAAGGAAAUAGGACUCUUAAAAUGUUAUUUACGAAGAGUUGGGUCCCUUACUAGUUUGGGUUUUAAUGGCUUUUGAAUUUAAUUUUCCCAACUUGUACUAGAAGAAAUAAGGAAAUAGUGUUUAUAAAGCAUUACUGUAUACAACAUCGAUUGUAUAAAGUUUCAAUUCCCUUUAAUUUGCAAGGAGAUCAUGACAAGGAUAGAAUUAAAAAAUCAAUUGAACUUCUACUCGCAGCAUGGGGUUUGAAAAUGUUGUUGUUUUAGCAUUCUGAUAUUUCAUUGUUAAUUUGGAAAUAAAUUCCCCCGAAUGACAAAUUGUGUUUGUAGUAAUGACAGAGUUUUAAAUUGUCGCCUGUUUUCCGAAAACGGUUUUAUAUAGCAAUUUAACGGACAAUCAAUUACUGACACUGUUGGAUUUUUAUGGUUAUAAAAACCCAUGGCCCCCAUGGCCUGAUGUCUUUCGAGAUGUCUAUGAAAUUAAAGUAAUGACAAGACUUGUAAAUAAUGAUUCUUAAACCUCUGCGUGACCUCAGGGUCACCUUAUCAUGGCAAUAUUACACACAUUGAUUAAUAUCAGGGAUUUGUAACAACAACAAUAAUAAUAAAAAUAAUAGUAAAAUACAUAUUUUAAGAGGAGGCCUCCAUCACUAAACACACAAACAUAAAUUCGAACAUGAAGUCCCGAAAAAGAUAUACAUUACAGGGCAGUUGAUGGUAAAAAGCCGAACAGGAACUGACAUGCAUUUCAUCGGUUCAGUUGCAUCAGUACGUUUGUCAGAGCAAACUACGAUUGCGCUUUUUUAUGCCUUUAUUUAAAAAUUGAUAGUGGAAAGAGCUUCAAAAUCCUUAGUGAAGCACAUCCUCGUGCUUACUUGGUCGCCAAUCGGAUUUCUUAAAAGCCAAACCCGCAACAGUCAGGGGCGUCCAUUUUCCUCCCGAACAAACAACUAGAAAAAUAUGCGGCCGGGCGGUGAGCUGAAAGUAGCAAUGUGACUGUCUUGCGAUUGACGGUAACCGGAAGUAACGCAAGUAAUUUCGCCGCACGCGAGUCCUAUUUUUAAUUCCAAAAUCAUCCCAGACGCCUUUCCAGAUUUUCACCCUUUCAGAGUUAUUAGAUUAAAACAAACAAGACACAUUUCCAGGUUUCCAUACUUCCAGAGUUAGUGAUGAAGACACAUUUCUCCACACGUCCACACUUCCGGUGUUAAUAGAUAAAGACAAUGGAGGCACAUUUCAACAUUUCCACACUUCAGAGUUAUUAGAUAAAGACAUUGAAGACAUAUUUCCACAUUUCCACAUCUCCUUACUUCCAGAGUUAUUAGACAAAGACAAUGAAGACAUAUUUCCACAUUUCCACAUUUCCACACUUCCGGCAAGAGUUAUUAGAUAAAGACAUUGAAGACAUAUUUCCACAUUUCCACACUUCCAGAGUUAUUAGACAAAGACAAGGAGGACAUAUUUCCACAUUUCCACAUUUCCACAUUUCCACACUUCCACACUUCCAGAGUUAUUAGAUGAAUUAAGACAAUGAAGACAUAUUUCCACAUUUCCACAUUUCCACAUUUCCACACUUCCACACUUCCAGAGUUAAGAUAAAUUAAGACAAGGAAGACAUAUUUCCACAUUUCCACAUUUCCACACUUCCAGAGUUAUUAGACAAAGACAAUUAAGGAAGACAUAUUUCCACAUUUCCACAUUUCCACACGUCCGGCCAGAGUUAUUAGAUAAAGACAUUGAAGACAUAUUUCCACAUUUCCACAUUUCCACAUUUCCACACUUCCAGAGUUAUUAGACAAAGACAAGGAGGACAUAUUUCCACAUUUCCACAUUUCCACAUUUCCACACUUCCAGAGUUAAGAUAAAUUAAGACAAGGAAGACAUAUUUCCACAUUUCCACAUUUCCACGCUUCCAGAGUUAUUAGACAAAGACAAUUAAGGAAGACAUAUUUCCACAUUUCCACAUUUCCACACUUCCAGAGUUAUUAGACAAAGACAAUUAAGGAAGACAUAUUUCCACAUUUCCACAUUUCCACAUUUCCACACUUCCAGAGUUAUUAGACAAAGACAAGGAGGACAUAUUUCCACAUUUCCACAUUUCCACAUUUCCACACUUCCACACUUCCAGAGUUAUUAGAUGAAUUAAGACAAUGAAGACAUAUUUCCACAUUUCCACAUUUCCACACUUCCACACUUCCAGAGUUAAGAUAAAUUAAGACAAGGAAGACAUAUUUCCACAUUUCCACAUUUCCACACUUCCACACUUCCAGAGUUAUUAGACAAAGACAAUUAAGGAAGACAUAUUUCCACAUUUCCACAUUUCCACACUUCCACACUUCCAGAGUUAUUAGAUAACUUAAGACAAUGAGGACAUACUUCCACAUUUCCACAUUUCCACAUUUCCACACUUCCAAAGUUAGCAACUAAAAGUACUCGAUUCUACCGUGACAAGACAUUGUAGUGCGUUCAUGUCAAUGCAUAAGUUUGUCUCUAUUAAGACUACCCGGUUGCAUACAUUUGUCAUAAAUUAACGAUAAUGUUUCACUUUGCCCAUUCCAUUCUGAUGACGCGUUCUGUGCUCUUCUACCCGAAGUAAAAGCCUCUCUUGAUCACGUUUACAACAUGUCUCUUUCUUCCGGCUUUAACUCCACGCGUUUAUCACUUGGAAAAGGUAAAUACAAGCUACGUAAAAGUCUAACUUUUAUCAGAGUAAAGGAUUUUUGCAUUGUUGGCGAUGAUGAAGAAAAAGCCACUGGGCCAAAUGAAGUGGAAAUAUCUUGUGAAGCCGACGCAGGUAUCGGGUUUUUCUUAAGUCAAAACAUAACUCUUCGAGGACUCAGAUUGUUAAACUGCGGGAGCUGGCAAGAAAAUGCUGUUUUAUUUCCAAACGCUACAGUUUUGAAGUUCAAGACAGCGAUUAAUUUUGAUUACUGCAGAGAUAUUAGGAUGCAAAACGUCAACAUCUCGAGGUCAAUCGGCAGUGCGGCUCACUUGAAUGAAAUUGGUGGUUUGUUAGAAAUGUCAAACUGUCAUUUUGUCAAUAAUUCAGCAAACAUAUAUGCUUGGAUUGCCAAUUCCACGAGCAGAAGGGAAAAAAACGAGCAGGGGCAGCAGCAAGAAGCCCUUUAUCUCAUUUCCGGGGGUGGUGUUGUCGUAAGUCUAAACAAGUACAGCCGACAUCGUCCGAGCUUCAUGAGUGUCACGCGUGAUGAACACGCAACUUAUGUACAUGGCAACAAGUACUUUUUCACUGACUGCAGCUUUCUCAGAAAUGAGGUUUCCAGUGAAGACCGCUUUCCGGAUUAUUUCAAUGAAACAUUUUAUCAUCAGUUUACUCAAGGAGGGGGCCUCGGUAUUCAUUUCCUCGGUGUUUCCAGAAAUUCCACCGUACUUGUUAGUAAUUGUACGUUCUCAGACAAUAAAGCGCCAUGGGGAGGAGGGCUUGUAGCGGAAUUUACUGAUCACAGUAGCGAAAAUUGUCUUCUGGUGGAAAAUUGUUUGUUUGAACGCAACGUUGGAUAUACCGCGGGUGGAGGAGCGCGAUUAGGAGUCAUGCUUCCACGUGGUGUUUCUGUUCCAAUGAACGAGGUGCGCUUUGUCAACGCAACAUUUCGACGUAACUCGGGACGUUGGGGAGGCGGUGUCUCAUUGUAUGGCACGUCUGUUUUCGUCCAAUGCAGACAUCACUUGGACUCCCGAAGCACUUUCAUUUUUCAGUCAUGCCACUGGAGUGAAAACCACGCAACCAUCGGAGCAGCAAUUGGUGCAUUUCUUUUUAACCAAAAUAAAGAUCACAUUGGGCCCGAAGUUCCCGUUCAUGCUGAGUUCAAAAGCUGUACGGUCACACACAACCGAGUCGACACCCAGGAACCCAAUGUUCGGAUUGGAGAGGGUACGAUCUACAGCUUUGGAAUAUCGCUUAUCUUCCGAGGAAAAAUGAUCAUUACCAACAACACUCUAACAGCUCUUGCACUUGAUGGCAGUACUCUCGAACUUCACGACGACGUUGAAUUUGUUGAAAACGAAGGAUUUCAUGGCGGCGCGGUGGCAAUGUAUGGACACUCUAAGAUUUUGCUCUGGAAGAAUUCUUCAGUCUUGUUCAGGAACAAUUCGUGUAGAGAUAAAGGUGGAGCUAUGUUCGUUUACGCACCUGGUUCGCCACAGAUAAGUUACAAUGUAACUGGAAAAGACCCACAAAGUUGUUUCUUUGCCUACGAAGAUCAUAGUACGAGUGGGUUCGACAACUGGGAGGCGCAGGUUGUCUUUCAAGACAAUCGAGCGCCCAACGAUUCGUCAGGAAACUCUGUGUUUGCAACGACUCUCGAACGAUGCCUAGAGGCUGGAGAAACGCGAGUUAAGAAUAAAGCUUUGCACUGGAAUUUCGUAAAGUACAUCACCAAUAACAAUGCACUACAAAACCACACGAGAGUAGAAAUCGCUACUGAUCCAGUCGAUAUCUUCUUCGAUGUGAAGGACUGGAUUGUGUCACCAAGUCAGGUUUUUAAUCCGGUUGUUAGGCUGGUUGAUGAGAAAAAUAAUAUUGUUUCUGGAGUUGUAAACGUCAAGUUGGAGGGAUUCACAAAUGGCGAGGGAGACGACGCUUCGUCAGUGUAUUUACAAACCCCGUCAUCGCUGUUUCUUGCUGAUGGAAACGUGUCACAUCUGACACUGGCUGGUAAAGUAGGGAGAGGAUUCUCCGUGGUUCUUCAACAUAUUGGGCGGCAGGUUCUUCAGAAGGAAAUUAACGUCAGUUCGGGCCUUAGAACGUGCCAUCCCGGGUUCAUUUUAACCAAGGGGAGCUGUGUGUGUCAAAAACAAUCGGAGGGAGUCUCGAGAUGCGACGAAGACGGAAAGACCGUCUUUCUCAACCGUGGCUUCUGGGCUGGGACGGUGAACGGAAACUUUGUUACUUAUCGAUGUCCAAAAAACUAUUGUAAUUGUCCCCGGACUCAGGAAACGAUAGCUGCCGAGGAUGAAUGCGUCUUUGACGCCGAGAAACUGUGCGCAGGCAACAGGGAACCAGGAAGUAUCUUGUGCGGAAAAUGCAAGCAAGGCUUCAGUGUGGUGGGAGGAGACACUAAAUGUUAUGAGUGCGGGAAGUAUGAUUUUAUUGGCUCAACCGUUUUGCACCUGGUUGUUAUUUUGGUACUGGUGAUGCUCAUAAUGUUUUUCGACAUCGACGCAUUUACAGGGAGUCUCAGUGCUUUCCUGUACUCCUACCAGGUCGGUGUAUUUUAAGUAAAAUCUAGUCCGACAUUCCCCAUCCACAAUCCUAUUACAGUUGUUGUUUUGUUUGUUUGUUUUUUGUUCUUGUUUUUUUUCGAGUUAUAGUAUAUCAUCUAAGGGCGGGGGUUUGGAGGGGGGGGGAUUGGGAGAGGGAGUUGGCUGUUCAUAGCAGUACCAUUAGUCGAUCUUUGUUGACCGUGUAAUAAAUUUGCAUUCCAUCCAGAGGGAACGGGUGAGUUUUUAACUUUUUCUUAGUCGGUGUAGGUUAGUCAACUCUUCGAUUCCUUCAUAUCGUUUUUGAUGAUGCGAACUGGCAUAGCUACGACAACAUUGUUACCCAGCGAAUAUUCUGCCAUCUCAUCAAGAGAAACAUAGCAUAAUAUUUUAGUUACUUCAUAUUCUACAAACUAGAAGCUCUUCCUUUGAUAGACAGUCUUGGAGGUGGGGUGGUGAAACAGUCCCAGUCAGACCACAGUUUACAAGGCAUAUUCGGCCCCGUGGUACUUUCUGUUUACACACUACAAUAAGUGUACAACCAUCCAGUGGAUAAGUGGCUAAUAAUAGUGAGCUCACGCAAUAGGACGGCAGAAAGAACAAACGCGUGACAGGGCUAUUACUUACGUGUUUUGCAGUGAUCUCCACUCUAUAUUACUGUGGUCAAACAUAAUUAUUGUCAAAGUUGUCACACUAGGUUUGCCAUAUUCUUUCCUCUGCCAUCCUAUUGGGUAAGUUCGCUCCUUAGCAGUCCUUAACUGUCAUAUGUGUCUAUGUCUGUUCAGAUCUCCCGUUCAAAGGGUUUAGGGAUCCCCAUUUGAAGAAGAUGGUAAAGACCCCGGGGAGGCACUCAAAGGGAGUAUGGGUAGAGGUGUGCCACUGAGGCCUUCAAUCAUUCACGACCCUAAUUCAUUUCGUUUCUCACAGGAACUAACUUUUUUUAAACUCACACCACGGGAUAAGAUUUCUUUUUGCAAAUACAAAAACCAUUCAUGUAGUCCGCGCAUCGCUAACCUUAGCGCUAAUUUUUAGGCUUCCGGUCCGAAAAGACACCCUGUUGAAGACGGUAAAUAGUGAAAUUGUAUACCCUUUUUAAGACUAUCAGGACCCUGCAAAACCAUACCCUGCCGUUCAGCACCAUACUCUGUUCGCCUUGGGCAAAUAAGGGAGUCACCCCAGAGAGAGAUAAAGUCAAGCCAGUUACACAUGAAGCCAACUUUAUUUUCUUUCAGGUAAUAUGGCAAGUCACUGGAGACGGGUUCACUUUCAGAGAUCCUGUCAUGCGGUUUAUACUUCAUGCUGCAAAUUUCCAAGUCUACGUUGGAACUCACUACUGCUAUUGGGAUGGCAUGGAUUAUGCAGAUAAGCUUUUCAUGGCCAUGUGCUUUGAUUUUCUAACUAUACUGAUAGUGAUAAAGUUAACCAAACUAGUGACUCAGUACCCAAACUGCUGGUUCAGUAGACGUGUAAAGGCACCUUUCCGCGCCGUUUGUACCAUCUGUGUUAUCUGUUACACUGGAAUUACAUACCACUGUCUCAGUAUUUUGCAUCCAGCUGUUAUAGGUGACACGACAGUCUUGUACGUUAGCGGGGACACUGAAUUCUUCCGCGGUAAACACGCUGUUUACGGGUCAAUCGCGUUACUGUUCACGGCUCUUUUCGUGGUACUGUUUCCACUCGUUUUGAUGUUUCGUCCGUUCUUUCGGCGCUGUCUUAAGCCAGUGUUCAACAUUAAUCACUUAAAGCCUAUAUUUGACGUGCUGCAGAGCAGUUUCAAAGACCAGUACCGAUUUUUCGCAGCGUUUUACUUUGUGUGCCGCUUGAUCCUGCUUGUCAUUGGUACUUAUGUUCCAGAAGGUCCUCUGAAAAGAUCGCUGAUAGAGGUCGCCUGUGUUGUGAUCCUUUCCAUCUUCGCUUUCUUGAAGCCUUACAAGCGAUCCAUGGAUAUGGAAGAAGGCAGGUCAAGCUUUAGUUGGGUGAACAAGUCGGAUGCGCUUCUGUUACUCAACUUAGCCGUAAUGGCCGUUUUCAGUUCUGCUACCACAAACUACGAUAUCAGGGAGGGUAGCAGGAUGUUUCUGAUUGUGCUUAUUCAUAUCUUGGCUUAUGUUCCAUUUGUUGCACUAUUUUCGCAUUUGUACAGAAAAGUCAAAGGGCAACAAUGCUGGAGUGAAUGGUGUGACUACGAAGAGAAAGAAGAACUGCCACCUGUUACAGACACUGUGGCUUAUACUUGUGCAGAAGGGAACGAGACUGUAAGGGUCUCUCGUUGUUCUUCUGACACUGAAGACUGA